AAAAAUUGCAGUCAUCGUCAUGAUUUUUGCCUACAACAAAUGUCCUUCAUUCAGUCUUUGGACAAAUAUUCGAAUUUAUUAGACCAAUAGGACCAGAAAAUAUAGAUUUUCCUCAAGCUGGAACUAUUAUUAGGAUAAGAAGUACACUUGUAUUUUGGAAGAAAGUUUGUUACCGAUAAUCAAGGACAACAAUCAAGUACUGCUAAAAAUGUGGUUUCAAACGUUGAAGGCACGACAGACGAUCCAGAGGAUCGUCACAAAUAACAGCAAAGGACUGUUCGCCGCCAUAGAAUACUCGGAUAGGAAAACUGAGGUCCAUUCCCUCAAGCGAGAAACUGCACCAUUGACCCUUGAUGAUGGGUGCUGUGUGGGAUUCCUGUGUCAUGAGAAUGAAGGCAUGUCUCUGGUUGCCAUAGGAACGUGCAGCAAGGGGAGGCCCAUGAUUGAGUUCAGGGUUUGGGAUGUGAUGACGUCAUUGGGGUUCACUGCUAAGGAAGUUGUUGUUCAAGAUGUUAACAAGUCGCACCUUAAUGAAGGCAAAUUCAAGGCACUGGUUAACAUUUCAGAUUUUUUGUUAGGCCAAGCAAACCUCAAGUUGGACACUAUUGGUUCAUAUCUUGCGUUAGCCGUUCGUCCAGGAAUAGUUUUGCUAUGGCAUUGCAUAAAAAUGGAUGUCACAAUCUCUUUUGAGCUAGUGACUAUUCUUAAACCAUCUCUGAUGGUGCAAGAGAUUUCCUUGAUUUUCCCAGAAAAGACCUCAAUGCCAUCUAUUGUAGUGGGAGAGGCAGGGGGAGUUCGCAUCUUUACACCCGCAAAGUUUGAACACCCUGAUAGUACACUUCUGAGUGAGUCAGGUGACACAAAGUUUGUGUCAACUUGUCUAAGCUUCCCAUCCAAUGACACCCUCCACGUCCAGGAAAUUCAACAUGUCUCGCUCAACACUGCCAUCCUUUCUGACACUGAUGGCUGCUUAUGGUUUAUGUGCAAGGACAGCAUCAAACAAAUUUGCUUACCAAGCAGUAAAAAUGGCCAUGGCAUCUUUGCAGUAUUCCCAAACUGUUUCCUGGCAACUGUGCAUCAAAACCAGACCAUAAACUUAUAUAGACUCUCAAGUGUUCUGAGUUCUGUAGAGAAUGGGCUAACAUUGCAACCAAAGCAUAUAAUAUUUUCUAACUGCCAGCUCAGUUGUUUGGCAUUUAUUGAGGAGUGCGUUCUUGCAGCCGGAUCCUCAUCUAACAAGACAUUGUCCUUGUGGAUUGGAGUGGAUCAUGUACUACGUGGGAAAGAUUGUUAGGUAAUGCCCAUCUCUAGGAUACAGUAACAGUUACUUCAAUACUACCUUGUUGUCAUCAAAAAAAACAUGCACCUAAGAUAACAGCUCUUUUAAAACAGAUCAUAUCUUAAAAGGCUUAUAAUUUUCAUACUUAAAAAUAAAACGAAAGCCAAAGUCAGAGGGUUGCUUAGUGACAAAAUUUCUAAGACUGCUGCUUGCUCAGGUUCCAACAACAAGUAAAUUAGUGUAAAAUUUCAUUUAUUUCUAAGGUGUGAAGUGAUAAAAUAUACAAGACUUUGAUGACAAUCUGAAUGGCAAAGUAAAGGUGAUAAAAUAUA